CCUCCGAGAUGCUGCGCUGCUGAAAGCCGGCGGGCCGCACAGUGACCGGAGGGAAAAUGGCGCUGAGUUCGCAAGGAACAAAGAAGAAAGUUUGCUAUUACUAUGACGGUGAUAUUGGGAACUACUACUAUGGCCAGGGCCAUCCCAUGAAGCCCCACCGAAUCCGUAUGACUCACAACCUUCUCUUGAACUAUGGGCUGUACAGGAAGAUGGAGAUCUAUAGGCCGCACAAAGCCAAUGCUGAAGAGAUGACCAAGUAUCACAGUGACGACUAUAUUAAGUUCUUGCGUUCCAUCCGCCCAGAUAACAUGUCCGAGUACAGCAAGCAGAUGCAGAGAUUUAAUGUCGGUGAAGACUGCCCGGUGUUUGAUGGCUUAUUUGAGUUCUGUCAGCUUUCAACAGGCGGCUCUGUUGCUGGAGCUGUAAAAUUAAACAAGCAGCAGACAGACAUCGCUAUUAACUGGGCGGGUGGCCUUCACCAUGCCAAGAAGUCGGAGGCUUCUGGUUUCUGCUAUGUCAAUGACAUUGUCUUGGCCAUCUUGGAGCUGCUCAAAUACCAUCAAAGAGUGCUGUACAUUGAUAUUGACAUCCACCAUGGUGAUGGAGUUGAGGAGGCCUUCUACACCACAGACCGCGUCAUGACAGUGUCUUUCCACAAGUAUGGCGAGUACUUCCCUGGCACAGGUGACCUCAGAGAUAUUGGUGCAGGGAAGGGCAAAUACUACGCUGUGAACUACCCGCUCAGGGAUGGGAUUGAUGAUGAAUCUUAUGAAGCUAUAUUCAAACCUAUCAUGGCCAAAGUGAUGGAGAUGUACCAACCCAGUGCUGUAGUUCUUCAGUGUGGUGCUGAUUCUUUGUCUGGGGACAGAUUGGGCUGUUUUAACCUCACCAUCAAAGGCCAUGCUAAGUGUGUCGAAUACAUGAAGAGCUUUAACCUUCCUUUGUUGAUGCUGGGAGGAGGCGGCUACACCAUUAGGAACGUGGCUCGCUGCUGGACCUACGAGACAGCCGUAGCCCUGGACAGCACUAUUCCCAAUGAGCUUCCAUACAAUGACUACUUCGAGUAUUUUGGACCCGACUUCAAGCUCCACAUCAGCCCAUCCAACAUGACCAACCAGAACACAAAUGACUACCUAGAGAAAAUCAAGCAGCGUCUGUUCGAGAACCUGCGCAUGUUGCCUCAUGCUCCUGGAGUGCAGAUGCAGGUGAUCCCAGAGGAUGCUGUGCAGGAGGACAGUGGUGAUGAGGAAGAUGACCCAGACAAACGCAUUCCUAUCCGUGCUCAUGAUAAGCGGAUAGCCUGCGACGAAGAGUUCUCAGAUUCUGAGGAUGAAGGUCAAGGCGGCCGCAGAAACGCAGCAAACUACAAGAAGUCUAAACGGGUGAAGACUGAAGAAGACAAGGAUGGGGAAGAGAAGAAAGGUGAGCAGACAGACGUGAAGGAGGAGGAGAAAACUCCAGAGGAGAAAAUGGACACAAAGGGGCCAAAAGAAGAGUUGAAAACAACUUGAGACCGCAACCGAGUCCAAAUGGAUGGAUGCAUGAACUUAAGUUGUCCUACACCCUAUGUUACCCCACACACACACACACACACACACAUAUACACACACAAUCUUGGCUGCAAAGCUGAAGACUGUAAAUUAUUUUCUAAGACUCAUUUUACUAUUUGUAUUCUUAAUGAGCGGUAUAAAGGUUUUUUGCAUUACAAAUGUGAAUUGCAAUGUAAGAUGUAUGUUUUCCUUCCCCCUUCUUUUUGUGCUUUUAAUAAAGUUAGCAACUUUUCACUGUCUACCAAAAGUAGCACAUCAAUCAAACAGGACCAGAAAUAGUAGUUAGAGUUGGUGGUCAUUAGCUUUCCCCAGCAGGGAGGCCUCACCUCUAAGUUAUUUUAAAUCAUGGACUUGAAUGCAUACUUACACACAUCCCUUUCCUUUAUUAGGUCUUGUUUUUUUUGUGUGGAUGCUGUUCCCUGCCAGUGUCCUUUACCUCAUUUUUAAGAGAUGAAAAAUGUUUGUUUUAAUGACGGUGUCUGUGUUGAUGGCUUGGCUCUGAAUCUCUUCCCUGGUCCAUUUGGGACGUGGAGAAAGACUUGCGUUGUUGCUGUUAGACUCCAGAUUCCUUCCUAUUGUGGCUAUGCCAGCAAGUCAGCGGCACUUCUGGCCAGAUAUAGCAGUUUAGAGUUCCAGAGUUCAGUGGUUUUGAAAUGUCCGUAUUAUAACAAUGCCUUUGGUAAAGUAAAUAAAGAGAAUGGUAUCUCUCA